CAACUGCGCACCGCAUAUUCCAAACGAUGGCGUCGAAGCCGCUAAUUGAGCUGGAAACAGGGUGGCAGAAGAUCAAGGUUGCCGUGGAUGUGCUACUCGAGAUCCUGAACAAGGGGUUUGACAAGGUCCCAAAGUCCCCCUUUCCUCCCAAGGAAUAUAUGCCGGUGUAUACGGUGUGCUAUGACAUGUGCACGCAACGGACCCCGUACAACUGGUCUGCGCAACUGUACACGCGCCAUGGGGAAACAUUCGAGACUUACCUCCAGCAAAACGUGCUUCCAGCGCUCCAGAACCAGCACGACGAAUUCUUGUUGAAUGAACUGCACCGUCGGUGGCAAAACCACAAACUCAUGAACAAGUGGAUGGCCAUGUUCUUUACGUACUUGAAUCGGUACUACGUCCACCACAAUUCGUUGCCAAAGCUGGAAGAGGCGGGUUUGUCCAACUUCAAACUUGUUGUGUUCAAUGUGAUCAAGAAGGACGUUGUCGAUGCCAUGUUGGAGCUGAUCGAAAAGGAACGCGAGGGUGAGAUAGUCGACACGACUCUUUUGCGCAGCUGCAUCGAAGUGUUCGAGACGAUGGGCAUGAAAACGCUGGACGUGUACGUGGCGGACUUUGAGGAUCCGUUCAUCAAGCGCAGCACAGCGUACUACGCGACCAAGGCGCAGGCGUGGCUCGAGGUCGACUCGACGCCGGCGUAUAUGAUGAAGACAGAGGAGAGCCUCAAAAACGAAUCCAGCCGCGUCGCGCGGUACAUGCAUUCGACGACGGAGGCCAAGUUGCUUCGCGCGCUUGAAGUCGAGCUCCUCGAAAAGCACCAAAAGCAACUGUUGGAACGGGAAAAUUCCGGUUGCAUCGCCCUCCUCCAGAACGACAAGUCGGACGAUUUGUCCCGCAUGUACCGUCUUUUCUCUCGGGUGCCGGAAGGUUUGGCACCGAUCGCCGCGCUAGUCCGACGACACGUUGAAGCGGUUGGGAACCAGAUCGUCGACCUCCGCACGCAAGCCAUCACGACGGACAACAUUAAAGAUCCGUCUGCGGACCCGGCAUUCAUCAAAGAAAUCUUGGCCCUUCACGACAAGUACGUGAAGGUGGUGCAGGAGCAGUUUGGCGGCAACUCGCUCUUCCAGAAGGCGCUCAAGGAGGCAUUUGUCGAAUUUGUAAACAAGGACGUGGGGAAGGACUGCUCGGCAAAGCUCAUGAGCACGUUUUGCGACCGUAUACUCAAGUCGGGCGGCGAGAAGCUUAGCGACACACAAGUCGAGGAGUACUUGGAGAAGGUGGUGCACGUGUUUUCAUACCUCAUGGACAAAGACUUGUUUGCCGAGAUUUAUCGCAACCAACUCGCAAAGCGGCUGCUCAACCAGCGAUCGAGCUCGGAUGACGCAGAAAUUUGCAUGAUUUCAAAGCUCAAGCUCCGCUGCGGCGCACAGUUUACGGGCAAGAUGGAAGGGAUGUUGAACGAUUUAGCGAUCGGUGGCGAUCACCAAGCCGAAUUUGAUGUGUUUCAACGGACCCACAACCACACCACGAUCGAGUUUGGCGUCCAGGUGCUCACAACCGGUCACUGGCCGUCGUAUCAGCCGCUGCAAGUCCACCUCCCGCCUCCCAUGGUCAAGUGCAUGUCGCUGUUUAAGACAUACUACGACUCGAUGACGAGUCAUCGCCGCCUCCAGUGGAUCCAUUCCCUCGGCAACGCCACCGUGCGCGCCACGUAUGCCAACAAGAAGUGGUAUGACCUCCAGGUCACGACGCUGCAAGCAGUGGCCUUGGUGCUGUUCAACACGGACGAAUCGCUCACGUUUGACCAGUUGCAAGAAAGCUUGAACGUGUCGCCCGACAUACUCAAGCGCAUCCUUCACUCUCUCUCGUGUGGCAAGUUCAAAGUUGUGAAAAAAACGCCCGAGAACAAGAACAUUGCGACGACCGACACGUUCCAAGCGAACGCGUCGUUUGCAUCGCCUGUGCGCAAGCUGCGCAUCCCGAUGGCGUCGCUCGAGGAAAGCCACAACCCCAAACAUGUUGAAGAAGAUCGAAGUAUUGCGAUUGAAGCUGCGAUUGUGCGCAUCAUGAAGGCGCGAAAGACGCUCAACCAUCAACAAUUGAUCUCGGAGGUGCUUAGCCAGCUCUCGUUCUUCACACCCAACCCCAAGCUCAUCAAGCGCCGCAUUGAAGCUUUGAUCGAUCGAGAGUAUUUGGAGCGCGACCCCGAGUCCACGACCACGUACCGAUACUUAGCGUAGGGGACAUGCAUGCACACAGGGAAGGAUGGUGAGAGAUCAAUGUAGACUCGUAGUACACUUUACCGUCGUUCCUAGCCUACGCUUUCCUGGUCCUUCCGAUGGGAGCGCCGCCGCGGUGCCGCUAUGUACUUCGCAAUAUUCUGACAAAAAAGUAAUGCCAAUGAGAAUUCCCGAAAAAUCCCC